AUGAUGAAUGAUGAUGUUGAGAGUGAUGAUGAUCAUGCUGGUGACGCUGAAGAUGAUGAUGGUGAUGACGCAAAUAAUGCUCAUGAGGAUGAUGAUGAUGAUGAUGAUGAUGAUGAUGACGAUUACAAUGAUGAUGAUGAUGAUUCGGUUGAUGAUGUUGAUGAUGAUGAUGAUGUUGAUGUUGAUGAUGAUGAUGAUCAAGACGACGAUGAUGAUAAUGAUGAUGAUGACGGUGAUCAUUCGGAUGAUGGUGAUGAUGAUGAUGAUGAUGAUGACGAUGAUGAUGAGGAUGAUGAUGAUGAGGAUGAUGAUGAUGAGGAUGAUGUUGUUGAUGUUGACGAUUAA